CAAACCAGGCCUCCCAGGUGGAUGUUUGGGACUGAACCAGCGCUAUCGCUUUAACGGGACGGGCGGUGACGUUGGGACGGGGAGUCACGGAGCAGGGAGGGGGGGAGGCUGCUGCAGCUGGACCGACUCCCGCCCAGAACCAGAACAACACCGGCCUGCGGACUUACUGACACACUGCUAUCAGCGUAAAUCUGAGAGCUCACCUUUUCAAUCCGCCAUGAGAGACUACUCAGCGACUCCGAGCAAUGGAGGCGCCUGCAUGCCGUGCUGCCAAGUUUGCAUCUUCGCCUUUACCGCAUUUCUCAUCAUUGCAGAGAGGACGGCACUGAUCUACUGCUUUGUGUACUACCUGUGGGUGGGUCACAACUACUGCUAUGCCUAUCUAGCUGGCUUCACUGCAUUGUUCCUGCUGCCAGGUUGGGGUCCUCAGUGGCUCAGUUAUUUGUGGUACCUGUCAGAUGGACGCAUCCGCAGGAAGUCUCUCACCUGGACACACAUACUGCACCUGGGUAUAUUCAAAAGGCUGUGUGAGUGUAUGUGUCUGCCAGAUGAAGAUGUGUAUGGCGAGAUCAUGCAGCAGGCUGAUGUGUCUGCCUUACGUCUGUUUGAGGCCUUGGUGGUCACCCUCCCCGAGACGCUGCUGCACACUUAUGUGCUCAUCUGUACUGAUAUAGGAAUCAAGUCUCCAGCCUCAGUGUGCUUUGCCGUGUGUUUGUUGUCUCUCGCCUGGGCCUUGGUCCUGUAUGCCAGAGCCUGUUCACUCAUCAGACCAGGACACCUACAAAUGACCCCCGCUGCAAUUCUCUGUCGACUGCUGUGGAGGGUCAGUAUGUUGGGAUCUCGGUUUGCUGUUCUCAUGCUCUUCACACGUAUCUUCAAACAGUGGAUCCUGGGAGUCGUUGGUGUGCACUGGUUGGGUGCAACUUUCUGGAUGGUGUCCCAGCAGACAGACAUUAUACGCUCAACCGAUCGAUGGAGAAUCUUUAACGUCGUUCUAGGAGCCAUUCAUAUCUUCCUUUUCCUCAAUGUGAAGUAUGGCCAAUCCAGAUGCCGCAUGGCUGGCUUCUACCUGGCCAUGUUCUUGGAGAACGCUUUUCUUCUUCUGGCCUCCUCAUGGUUGUUUACCAUGGUGUCCUGGGAUACUGUGGGAAUCCCAGCUGCAGUGUUCUGUGGUUUCCUCAUUGGAGUGAUAGCGUUGGUGUUGUACUAUCGUUUCCUCCACCCUAAGUCCUUCGAGAUUUUCCAGAGUAUUCGCCACAGGGGGAUAGGUGGAGCCUGCAUGGAGCGUGGAUCUACACUCUCAUUGGAGGAGAAAGUCACACCCACUUUCCAUCGCCAUGCAACACUGUCCGGGGGUGGGACCCUAAUGGAUCUCCCUAUCCAAUGGGAGGGCUGGAAACAUCACCACUGGCUGCUGAUUCGCUUGGCCAUGAAGACGGGGGAUGUAUCUAGGAUCUGGUCUUUGUAUGGCGAGGGGGGACUGGCUGGACUGAUGGGGCUGUCUGAAGAAGUUCAUUCCCCUGAUGACUUUCGUGUCCCUCUGAAACCACCUGUUCAGCGACCAGUCCCUCAGAUCUCACAACCAGUCCCUCAGCCAGCUCCACCAAAGAUGACCCAGUCUCCACAGGUGAGAGAGGUGGUCCAGCCACCAAAGCCAGCCCCAUCCACUGUAAUAGCCAGGCCAGUGAGAAAAGCUCCUCCCACAACAAUCCUUGACAUGAGAAGAUGUCCAGAGAUCAUCCCGGUCCAGGAGGUCAUUCCUGAAGAGAGCGCAGAGGAAGAGUCCAGUGCUCCACCAUCAGAGGAAAAAGGCGAUGAGGAGUUUCAGAGUGCUGCUUAUGGCUCACCAACGCCUUCAUCUCCACGGCAGCCGGGAAGCCUCCGCCACAUCGACAGCAAUGCCGGGACCCUGACUGAAGCCUCGUCCUCUGUGGGUUCUCUGGACAUCAAGACUCCCGGCUGGUCACCUGAGCGACGUUCGCCUCUCGUGAUUGGUUCUCCAGAGAAUAAAACAGCAAUACCUGGGGAGUCGAGCACCACACUUUACUUUAGUGCAGAUGCCCAGUCUCCCUCCAGUGGGAGCUAUCUCGGCUGGGGCUCCGAGUUGUCGCCCAUCUCAACCUAUAGAAGUCCUUAUCGAAUCAGGGAGGCUCGUUUUGUUACAUCUACCCCACGACUGGAGCCUCAGGCUGGAGCUGAAAGUCCAAGCUUGGCCCCUGUCGUUGUCAUCCCCGCCACUCCUGGUACAACACCAGGUGGAACCCCUGGUGCUUCAACUCCUGCUGCUUCAACACCAGCAGCUUCAACAUCUGCUGCUUCGACUCCUGGUGCUGCCACGCCCGGUACACCAAUCGUACCACUUACUCCAGUCAUCCCCCACGCUCGCAAACAGAUGGUCCAGUUUGUGGACAGCAGAGAGAGGAUGGUGUAAGGAGGGUGGGGUAAUGGGGGAGGGUUUCCUGGGUGGGCAGUGAUGUCUUUUUCAAUUUAGUAGUUAAGGAUAUACAUGAAUUUAUGCAUUAACUAGCCUGGGGAAGGCUUAGUGGGGAGUUAGGGGAAAUUUUCAGCUCAGCUAAUUUGAAUCAGUCAUGGUAGGAUAUACAGUAUGAUUUAGUAUUAUUUUAUUUAUUAUUUAUAUUUUUUUCCUUGAUGUGCAGGGGUUAAAUUUACAGAUGGGGAUGGGGCUCAAAUGGGGCUGAUUAGUAGUGCAAUGGCUAAACAUUUCCCAACAGCUCCAAUUCUUAUUUGUGGUACCUUGGACCCAGCUGUACAUUCCAAAUGACACAUUUAGCCGUGUUUAAAAUACAGAUGAACCAGGUCCUAGCUGUUGCAUGUGCAGGUCUUGGUUUGUUGAAGCGCCUGCAGGGAGGAGGACGUAAUAGUAAUAAUAAUACCUCCCUGCAUGCUACUGCAAAGCUCCUGUUGGCAGGUGAGAGAGAUUCAUUUGUAUCAGGCGAUAGUCUGCUUCCUAUGGAGGACACCAGAGGACUUAGCAGUGACAAACACAGCUGUACAAGGGAAUCGGCCAUUGCAUAUCAAGGGUUGGGGGCGCAUUGUGUAUUUUUUCAUUUCUUUAAAACCUUUUGAUGAAAAAAAAAUUCAGCAUACACUGGGAUCAGUAUUUACAGAAAAUUGGAUCUGGGUUAGUCAUCAAAACACAGAUAAAAAUUCACAGGUGCUAAUGCAUAUGGGAAAUCAUUUUCAUUCAUUCAGAGAAGCCCUUACAUUUUGGUAAUUUGUAAUCAUCAGAAACUAACCACAGAAAAUCUAAUGCGCUUAAGUCUUACGUAGUCAGGCAGUGCAGUCAGCUGAGGUUACCUCCAGCGGCUUUUAGGAGCAAACUAAUUAUUAAAAUUAUUGUAAUGAUUCAUAUAUAUCACAUAUCAGUGAUUUAAAUAAAUGUUAUUUAAAUGGCAGUUGGAUCUCCGAAGAAGAAUUUUCUAAAUGAACAAGGUAAUUCAAGUUUACAAUAACCUGCUGAGCAGAAUCUCCUGUAACGCCACUCCCCAACGCCAACCUCUUUUUUCUGUUUAAAGCAGUGAAGCCAAUUAUCCAUUAUGAAGUAUAAAUAUAAACACUUCAGGAGGUUUAACAUCCCGUCCAGUUAGUGACACAUACAAAAACGUGGAAUUCCUAUUUACAAUCUGUGUAGUCUAAUCUGUCAUGAAACUAUCAGAUAGGCAAAUGACAAAAAGUAAACAUUUGAAAACCAUUUAAUAAAUUAUAUGCUAUGCUUUCCUUUACUAGCUGCAAUAAUUCCAGUCAGUCAGCACUUUAUGGCAGAAAUGGUACAGCUAAGGUUUAUCAUUAGCCAGUGGCUGUAGUAUGAUUUUCUGUAGACCACAUGAUUAGAAUGUGAAUUUAUCAAUAAAUUCAUCAAUUUAUCAAUCAAGGGAAAUUAAGCAAUAUGUUAUAUUAAAGGAGGAUGAAUAAGGAGUUUAGUGUUCAGAUAUUCAGUAUCAAAACAUAUUAUUUGUAUGUUUCUUGUGACUUUGUUUAUGAACCGCAGAAAUGCUUUAAAUCUCUGAAUCAAUUAAUCAACCAAUAAAUUCAGUAAAAUUGGCAGUAUAUAAUAAAAUUACUCUUGUCUCUAAAAGGAGGAGCUAACUUUCACAAACACCUUUGAUAGACAGUCACACUUUGUUUAACUGAUAAAGAAAAGAAGGGUUUGAAUGAUCAUAAAAUAUAAUGUUGUAGUAGUUAUUUGUGCUGUUAAUGGAGGUUAAGCUAGCUCGCUAUCCACAGUUGUUUUUGUCCUGACCCGAGAGAAGUUUUAGAUAAAUUUUAGAUUUUAUUUUCGCUCUCUACUUCACAGUUGAUGUACUGAUUGGUAAAAGAAUUCGCUGCAUGUCUGCUACCCUAAUUAUUAACAUUGAGCAUUGUUUCAGACUG